AUGACUUCCCUUCUCGCGUCUGAGAUAACUGGUGCAGACUCUGAGAGUAUCAUCCUUGACCAGGCUAGCGAAGCAGAGGUGAACAAUUACUGGUCCCUGAAUUACGACGAAUGGGGGGACAAUCGUUCCGAAGCAUUUCAUAUUGCAAAAGAGAAACAUCUUUGUAACCAGAGGCUAACAAGAGACGGUUGCAUCACUCACUGGGUGCUCGUUGACAAAUCACGCUCAACAGAAGGCCGUUGUGUGCUCGCACACUGCGACACCAUCAAAAAAAGAGCGUUCAUUGCGUCGAGAAACGAGCUUGGCGGCUCAAUAGUAGAGGAUAAAGUUGUGUUCGGCAUCUAUGGUGUCUUCACAUUUGUUCAAUAUCGGAGAAGAGGACAUGAUGAGCUGAACGAUCUGAAAAAGGAAUUUUACGAACGACUUGGCUACAAAGCCUACCCCUCGACUCAUAUUUCUCUCACCGUCGUCGCUCCCGAAUUUCAUUCUACCGAUGAUAAAUCAAUGCUCUCAACGUUCGACGGUAUCUCCAUCGUCCCAAUGCAUGCCCCUGAUCUUUCUAACAUCUGCCUCCGGGAUACGGCGCUUCUUGGAGAACGCCUCCAGCAAAUGUCAUUUCCCGAAGGCGUGAGUUACCGCAUAGCACUCUUUCCAGAUGAGGACACAAUGCUAUGGCACCAUUCGGGUGAAGAAAUAUUUGGGGAACAUUUCCUUAACAUUUGCUCAAAUACUAGUGUGAAAGGCGUUAUGGCAGAGACAAAAGAGGGCAGAUUGUGGUGUAUAUGGGUAAGGGACUAUGAUCGUGUGAAGGAGAAGAACGUGUUACAUAUCCUACGUUUUGUUAUCGAGGAAGAGAACAAAGAAGAGGACGCAACAGUGAUGGAGCGGAGAAGGGCGAACGAAGGUCAAGGAGGGAUUGAGACUGGCAUCAGGGAGAUAUUGAAAGAAGCGCAGAAGCAGGCGGGAUUGAGUGGGUUGGUGAAAGUGGAGAUAUGGAAUCCUGAGGAGAGGGUAGUCAAAAUUGCCCAAACGAUGGACCAGCGUGUAAAAAUGGAAGAGAGGGAUUAUGGAGUGAGUUGCUUAAGGGGCUAUGGUGGGUUUGUGGGAGGUGGGCUGGAAUGGGUGGAAGAUCAGGGAACAUCAGAGAUCAUUGUCAUGACUUUCACCAUAAGCCACGCUCUCCCCGCCCAGUCUACGCAGACCUCAUCUCCCCCAUCCUCCCCCUCUUCAUCAUCCGGCUCCGAAUCCUCCUACCCGCGCCCCACCAAGCGCCCACGGCUCGGUCACAACGCAAUUGUCACCCCAGGCGAGCUCGUAACCACCGACCCCCAAUGGAUGCGCGGCCACGGCACAUAUCACCCUCCCCUCUCUUCUGACACCCCUUCCUACGAGCCCAACACCAUCCUCUCCUCCCUCGCAGGCACCCUCACGCGAACGAACAAACUCCUCUCCAUCUCCCCCCUCCGCAGCCGCUACACCCCCGAAAUCGGCGACCUCGUCAUCGGCCGCAUCGUCGAAGUCCAGACGCGGCGGUGGAAAGUCGACGUUUCCGCGCCGCUGCUGGCGCAUCUCCCGCUCUCAGCGAUAAAUCUUCCAGGGGGUAUAUUGAGGAGGAGGACCGCGACGGAUGAGCUUGCCAUUAGGAGUUUCUUUCGAGAGGGGGAGUUGAUCUUGGCCGAGGUGCAGAGUGUGCUUGGUGAUGGGGCGGCGAGUCUACAUACGAGGAGUUUGCGGUAUGGAAAGUUGAGGAAUGGGGUUUUUAUGUCGGUGGCGGGGCAGGGGGGUAGGACGGGCGGGGUGGUCAGGGCGAGGAGGCAGAUGUGGACUGUGAGUAUGGAGAAGUUUGGGAAGCCGGAGGCUGGAGAGGUGGAGGUGUUUUUGGGUGUCAAUGGGUUUGUGUGGAUUUGUAAGCAGGGAAAGGGGGUGGAUGCUGCUGGGGAUGGAGAAGGUGUGGAGGGUGGGCCGAUGAGUGGCGGUCAGAGGAUCGGGAUUAGCAAUUUGGAAGAGAAAGUGGGGGAGGGCAUGUAUGAGGCUAGAAACGAGGCGGUGGGAGCUGAGACGAGAAGGGAAAUUGGGCGGUUGGCAGGGUGUGUGAGGGCGCUUGUUGAUGGGGGUGUCAGAGUAGAUGAGGAUAUGGUUAUGAUGGCUUAUGAGGCUGCUGUUGAAUCAGAGGGAGAGGAUAUGGAUGAAGAUGCCGAGGAGGAAGAAGCAGGGGAUUACUUAGGCGGGGAGAAAGGGAGUAGAGUUGUGGGGGAGGUUUUGACUCGCUUGAAGGCGAGAUAG